UCCUGGCUCUGGCUCCAUCCCCGGCUCGGCGUCCCACAGGCCAGCGCUAAUAAGUCGCCUAGCUGUCCAGUAAUGGGGGAGUGAUCGGGGGAGACGCUGCUGCUGUGUGAAAGCCGUGAGGAAGUUGAGGGGAAGCUCCACGCCGCGCCGGACCGGACAGCUCCACAGAGACACAUCCUACAGUUGCUGUUGUUGAGUAGCCCUAAAAAAAAAAGCGCAUAGUGAUGGAGAGAAAGCGUCCUGGCAUGCCGUCUGGAGCGAGGAUGCCCCACCAGGGAGCUCCCAUGGGCCCCCCCGGCCCACCGUACGGAGGGAGCCCGGCGGUGCGACCCGGCCUGCCCUCUCCGGUGAUGGAGCCCAGUCGUAAGAGGCCUGCCCCCUCCCAGCAGGUCCAGCAGCAGCAGCAGCAGCAACAGCAGCAGCAGCAGCAGCAACAGCAGCAGGCUGUCCAGAACCGUGCCAGAAAGAAGCCAGUCGGAUUCCCCGGAGCCAAUGAGAUGCCGGCGAGGCAGAUGGACAUGAGAGAGCCCCAAUCAGAUCCCACGCUCGGAUCAAAUGCUAAGAGAAGGAAAAUGGCAGACAAGAUUCUUCCGCAAAGGAUCCGUGAGCUGGUCCCAGAAUCUCAGGCCUACAUGGACCUGCUGGCAUUUGAGCGCAAGCUGGACCAGACCAUCAUGCGGAAACGUGUGGACAUCCAGGAGGCCCUGAAGAGGCCGAUGAAGCAGCAGAAACGUAAACUGAGGCUCUACAUUUCCAACACCUUCAACCCUGCCAGACCUGACGCAGAUGACUCCGAUGGCAGCAUUGCGUCAUGGGAACUGCGAGUAGAGGGGAAGUUGCUGGAUGAUCCGGGGAAGCAGAAGAAGAAAUUCUCUUCGUUCUUCAAGAGCCUGGUGAUCGAGCUGGACAAAGACCUGUACGGCCCCGACAACCACCUGGUCGAGUGGCACCGCACACCCACCACCCAGGAGACGGACGGCUUCCAGGUGAAGCGGCCGGGAGAUGUGAGUGUGCGCUGCACUCUGCUGCUGAUGCUGGAAUACCAGCCUCCUCAGUUUAAGCUGGACCCUCGCCUGGCUCGCCUGCUCGGUAUUCACACUCAGACUCGCUCCUGCAUCAUCCAGGCCCUCUGGCAGUACGUGAAGACCAACAAGCUCCAGGACUCACACGACAAGGAGUACAUCAACUGUGACAAGUAUUUCCAACAGAUUUUCGACUGCCCUCGACUGAAGUUUUCUGAGAUCCCCCAGCGCCUCACCAACCUCCUCCUGCCCCCUGACCCCAUCGUCAUCAACCACGUUAUCAGCGUGGACCCCAAUGACCAGAAGAAGACGGCCUGCUACGACAUCGACGUGGAGGUGGACGAUCCCCUGAAGAGCCAGAUGAGCAGCUUCCUUCUCUCCACCGCCAACCAGCAGGAAAUUGCCUCACUUGACAACAAGAUCCAUGAGACCAUCGAGUCCAUCAACCAGCUGAAGAUCCAGAGGGACUUCAUGCUGAGUUUCUCCAGAGAUCCCAAGGGCUACAUCCAGGAUUGGCUCAAAUCCCAGAGCCGAGAUCUUAAGCUAAUGACAGACGUGGUAGGGAACCCUGAAGAGGAGAGGAGGGCGGCGUUCUACCAUGAACCCUGGUCCCAGGAGGCCGUCAGCCGCUAUUUCUACUGCAAGAUCCAGCAGAGGAGGCAGGAGCUGGAACAGGCCCUAGCGGUCCGCAACACCUAAACAAAGGCCCUCCUGGAUUUCUGCAUCUGAUUUCAGAGGCGUUCAUGUGUGUGUGUGUGUGUGUGUUUGGAUGUGUGUGUGUGUGUGUGUGUGUGUGUGAGGCCAUGGCUGAUGUCUGGUGAAUCCUUAAACCUCUACAGACUAAGGGAGGCUUCAUCUCAGCAGUGACUAAUCAAUUUCUUAGCAGUGUUUUGAAGUUAAAUCAGCUGA